UUCUAUAUCCAUUUACAGUCCCAAGGAGAAUCCAAACACAUUUGACGCCGCAGCAUUUUUCCAGUCCGUGGGGAAUUUCCUGGGGAUCUUCGCUGGCUCAUUUGCCAUGGGGUCUGCAUAUGCUGUUGUCACGGCACUGUUGACCAAAUUUACCAAACUGUGCGAGUUCCCUAUGCUGGAAACGGGCCUGUUUUUCCUCCUGUCUUGGAGCGCCUUUCUGUCUGCUGAGGCCGCUGGCCUAACAGGAAUAGUUGCUGUUCUCUUCUGUGGAGUCACGCAGGCACAUUAUACCUACAACAACCUGUCAUCGGAUUCCAAAAUGAGGACUAAACAGUUGUUUGAAUUUAUGAAUUUCUUGGCUGAGAACGUUAUCUUCUGUUACAUGGGCCUGGCACUGUUCACGUUCCAGAAUCAUAUCUUCAAUGCUCUUUUCAUACUUGGAGCCUUUGUAGCAAUUUUUGUGGCCAGAGCCUGCAACAUAUAUCCCCUCUCCUUCCUCCUGAAUCUAGGCCGGAAACACAAGAUCCCCUGGAACUUUCAGCACAUGAUGAUGUUUUCAGGUUUGCGAGGAGCGAUAGCCUUUGCCUUAGCUAUUCGGAACACAGAAUCUCAGCCAAAGCAAAUGAUGUUUACCACCACGCUGCUCCUCGUGUUCUUCACAGUCUGGAUAUUCGGAGGAGGGACAACUCCCAUGCUGACUUGGCUUCAGAUCAGGGUUGGUGUGGACCUGGAUGAAGACCGGAAGGAGGAACCCUCCUCACACCAGGAAGCAAAUAAUUUGGGUAAAAGCACAACAAAAUCAGAGAGUGCCUGGCUCUUCAGAAUGUGGUAUGGCUUUGACCACAAGUAUCCUUUGAUAAUGAUCAUCUUCCUGAUCCUUCUACAUGGCAGAGAUGAACUUUGAGCACUUCAUCACUGAGGUAUGUGCCUCUGCUCUGCAAG